AUGAGAAAGCAGGAAAGAAAGGGCAGCUGGUCCCUAAUGAAAGUCUUCCUAGUUUGUCUGUUGGCCUGCGUUAUCACCACCGCAAUAGGAGUGCUGGCCCUGUCCUUGGUCUACGUGAACCACGCUCCCUUUAUGAAAGAGACGGAUGUUAAAGAUGAUGGUGCGUCUUCCCCCAAACCAGAUGAAAAAAGUGUGGAUAUCAAAUUCCAGUUCCUGAAUCACCUGGGGAAAUCAAAGGUACAUCAGUAUCCAGGUGGUGAAAUUCAGUGGGCAAGAUUCAGGAAUGAUGUAAAAGAAUACCAAAGUGAUGAAGAAAUGGAAUUUGGAAAAAGCAUCAAUAACCAUCGCUCUAAAAUGACUUUUGGAACCUUACGGAUUAAGAGCAAAGGGCUUCGUGCUCCCCACUGGCAUUUUAAUGCCAAUGAACACGGCUACCUGCUACAGCCACAAGGUGGAGUUAACUUCAUCAGAACGUUCAAGAAACAAGCAGAAGAUCAAGCAGUUAACCUCCCACCAAACUUGGAUGAGCUUGUGCAAAAUGCCACCUACGUGCAAUCUCCGGACAACCUUGUAUGGCAGUACUUCUACAACCUCAAAGGGUCAGCAGAAUAUCCUUUUCCAGGAGGAGUCUUCCAGUGGGCUCGCUACCGCAUAAAUGGCACUGGGCUAAAUGAAACAGAAAAAAUCUUUAGCGAGUCGCUGAACAAGCAUGAAAAUACCCUUACCUUAGCAACUCUCAGGAUAUUCAGCAAUGGACUGGGGCAGCCGCAUUUCCACUUCAACGCUAAUGAGAUGGGUUAUGUCAUUAGCGGCUGCGGACAGGUUGGAGUUAUUCUCUCUGGAGUCACCUCCAACUUCAACAUUGGCAUUGGAGAUGUCAUAUUUUUCCCCGUUGGAACCCAACAUUACAUCAAGAGUGUAUGUGAUGAGGAUUUGUUUUUGAUUCUGGCUUACAGUACAGGAAACCAGCUGGAAACGCUUCGCAUGAAUGACUACUUCCACGGAACAGCAGAUCAUAUCCUCGCUCAGCUUUUUUUCAAGGAACAGGCCGAGUUCAAGAAGUUCCCCAAGGCUGCCAAAAAAUGA